UUGUUCGCUCGAUGAAAAUCUCGAUGAAUAGAAUUAUAACGAUAGUUUAUGUUUUUCAAAUGAUAUAACGAUCCUUAUUCAACACAAUAGUUCGUAAGAUGCCGAAAAAGAAGACUGGAGCUAGAAAGAAGGCGGAAAAGCAAAAAGCGAGACAAAGAGAUAUUCAAGGCGGUUCACGAUCUUUAAUGGAAUGGCCCUGCAACUUCACAAUGGAAUGUGACAAGUGCAAGAGGAGACAGAAAAAUCGUGCAUUUUGCUAUUUCUGUUUGAGUUUACAGAAAAUAUCAACUUGUGCACACUGUGGGAAAAGCAAAUGUUUAAUGAAAACUGGUGAUUGUGUUGUGAAGCAUCCUGGAAUUCAUGCUGUAAGCUUGAGCAUGGUGGGUGCCAUUUGUGAUUAUUGUGAAGCAUUUGUUUGUCACAGCAAGAAAUGUUUAACAACACAUGCCUGUGAGUGUCCAUUACGAGAGGGAGACUGUCUAGAGUGCGAAAGAGGGGUUUGGGAACAUGGUGGGAGGAUUUUCAUGUGCGCCUAUUGUGCAUGUUUUCUGUGUUCUGACGAUCAAUUUGAGCACCAAGCAAAAUGCCAAGUUUUAGAGUCGGAGUCUUUUAAAUGUGGCUCAUGCAAUAAACUUGGACAAUAUUCAUGUCUGCGUUGCAAGUUGUGUUUCUGCGAUGAUCACGUGCGUCGGAAAGGAAUCAAGUAUACGCGUGGACAGUCAAUUCCUUGUCCAAAGUGUGGACAUGAAACAAARGAAACCAAAGACUUGUCGAUGUCAACUCGAAGUCACACAUUUGGCCGUCAGAAGUACAACGAUGAUUCUGAUGAUGAGAUGGCAGGUUAUUCUUAUGGCGCUUUCAGCUAUGGUACUACAUCUUCGCAAGCUACUUUGGGCAGCAUUGAUGAUGAUGAUGAUGAUGAUGAAGGUGAUGAUGAUGAAGAUGAAGAUGAAAGUGAGGAUGAGGAGGAACAAGAGGAAGCAGAAGACGAGAGUGAAGAAACAACUUUUGAAUCACAAGUGUCUAUUGAAAAUCUCAAACUACAAUAAAAUCUUAAAAAC